CCCAUGCUUCACAGUAGGAUUUUCACUAUAAAGAGCUACCAACCACCCGUUAUUCCGUUAAUACUCUUCAAACCCACCAAUAUUUUAAAGGAAUACCUUCAAAUAGUACAUAGAAAUGAUCUAAAUACAUAUAUAUUGUAAUGCAUGCUGUCGUGGUUUGGCUCUGAAAUUCCUGAAAACGAUUAAAAUUUAAAGUUCUUCAGGUACGUGGUCGAGUGGUUGACCGUGGCUCAGAGGACAAAUUACGGGUAUUUUAAAACAUCAAAUACAUCCAAAAUCAAUCGCUACUCACAAAAUAACAACAGUAGAUGAAACCGCAAUCCAAGGACGAACCAAAACCAGUACUUCAGAGAAGAAAUAGCACUUCAGUUGUCAAAAAAUGAAACAAAAAUAUAAAAACAUUCUUUGUUUUCACGUUUUUCAGCGGCCAUCUUGAACCCGAUUCGCUUGCCAGGGCCAGCCGUCAAAAAUGUCCCCAAUUUGUCGACAAGCAAAGCAUGUUCUUUCCAGAGCAAUUUUUAAAAUUUUGAUGUUUAUUUCUUGUUAAAAACGACCUAAAACUGUUCCAAAUCGUGAAGAUAGAAUGGGAAAGGAGUGUAAGACAAAACCUGCAAAAAGCAAAGAGCGAAAGGCGAAGAAAAUAGUCCAACCGAAGCCAAAAACCGAUGCUGAAAAAAAGUACAUCUGCCAUGCGUGUUCCAAGGGUUUCGACAGACCGUCGCAUUUGGCUCGUCACGAGCGCACACAUAGCGGGGAACGUCCUUUUUCCUGUGAAUCUUGUGAUAAAACAUUCAAAGAUAAGUCUCAUUUGGUUUCGCAUAAAGAAACGCACAAUUCAGAAAGAAAUUUCACUUGCAGUGAUUGUGGAAAAGCAUUCCAGACAUCAUCUACUCUCCAUAGUCAUAGAAAAACGCAUGCCGAAGAGAAAGAGAAGGCAAGAAAGCAUCAAUGCGAGACGUGCCUGAAAGUGUUUUCAUCGAAGUGCGAUCUAACGAGGCACGAACGAGUCCACACUAACGAACGGCCGUAUAAAUGUGAGUUCUGCGACAAGAGUUUUAAAAUGAUGUCACACAUGAAACGACACGUGAGGAUUCACACUAACGAGCGACCAUAUCAAUGUCCCGAUUGCAAGAAACGGUAAGAGUCUGGGACUGGAUGCAUCCGACGGAUGAUGUCUCUUGACGGAUGUCCGUCAACCAUUUGCACACAUGAGACAGAUAAUCCCUCUAUGCGCACGAGCCAAGCUGAAAGGUUUGCUUGGCCGCAGUAGGAAUUAAACCCGAGACCAUUGGUUUCCUAGUUCAAUGCUCUACCAACUGAGCUAGGAGGACUGGAGGUUUGACUGGGUGAUAUCACAGAACACAAUCUGUUUCCUUCAAUAUCAAUAGAUUGAGAUCUUGAAGAGCACCUUGAGAAAACCUGAGCAGAGUCAAACUGGAAGCACUCUUCUCACAUGUGACUGAGGUGAAAUUAUAGUGAGACAACUGCAUAUUGUAGGAAUGAAACCUCAGUCACAGAGAUGAACUUAGACACAUGCACUACAGAAAUGAUUUAAUUUUACAAUGUUUCUAUUUCAGUUUCAAACAGUCUGUUGCGUUAGUCCAACAUCAACGCAUACACUCGGGAGACAGACCGCAUGCUUGCACGUACUGUAGCAAGUCCUUCACGCAAGUCACCCAUUUGAUAAACCAUGAACGAACGCACACAGGCGAAACACCAUUUGUUUGUCAGGUAUGUCAUCACGGCUUCAAGCAAGCGUCGGGAUUACUUUCUCAUGCCAGGACACAUGAAAACAUUAAAGCGUACGAGUGCGAGUUCUGCUCCAAGUCGUUCGCUACUGAGAAAGGGUUACUGAACCACGAAACAGUCCACAGUGAAGAGAAGCGUCACAAAUGUCUGCAAUGCAAACGCACGUUCGCUCGUGAAGCAAAUUUGGCAUUGCACAUGAAAACGCACAAGGCGACGGACGCAAAUGAAACGAUGCCCUAUGCUUGUGGGACUUGUAAAAGACAUUUUGAAACAGAGGUGUUGUUGCUAGCUCACAAAGCUUUGUGCAUGGUAGGGAAGCCGUUUCGAUUCAUGGCUUACGAUGAUAUGUUUCCUCAAUCCAACCAGGUUGCGAAUCUCGGCGAGCCAAGUGGCGCUUGUGCUGCAGAGGUUGUCGUCACUAUCGAUAGCUCUGGAGAUAUUGACAGUGUAGAAAUAUCGGCACUUGUUAACGAGAAUGAACAGUCGAUGACUACAGACACUACAGUAUAAACAAUGAAUAUAUUUUGUUGGUAAAUGCACUUGUAGUUUUUGUAAUUUAGUGAUAUUAAUUGAUUCUAGCUGUACAUACAAAUGGCUUAAUAAUAGUAAUAAAAUAUAUUGAAAGUUAAUUAAUUUGUCGAUUUACAUUCUCAGACAUUCCAACUCUCCCGAUUUUACCGGGAGUCUCCCGAAAAUUCAUGCAAUCUCCCGGUCUCCCGAUUUUUAUCAAAUUCUCCCGAUUUUUCAGAAUAUUCAGGAAAUAUCAUAAAAAAUUAUAAAUAUACUGUUUUUAGCAACAUAAUAGUCUGUCUUGACCUUUUUUGAAGUUGCUUUAUGGCAAUUUAUAGGAUCACUUAUAACAACAUAUUCCCAAAAUGCAGGAAACGCCAUUUCAGAAGACUUAAUUUUUAUUACUUUUUCCCAGAAGAACUAGAUUUCAAUUCACUGAACAGUCUCCCUAAUUUUUACCUCCAG